CACUGAACCCUGGAAUAUUCCCAGACUGUGUCCUUCUCUUGGGAUUUGUGACAGGACUUUCUCACUGAUCUCUGCAGCAUUUGUCCAACAUCAUCAGCAUCAUGUCCAAAGAAGCCCGUCCAUCCUGGGACAGUCCGAUGCAGUUUGUUUUGGCAUGUGUGUCUUAUGCAGUGGGACUUGGGAAUGUCUGGCGUUUUCCAUACCUCUGCCAAAUGCAUGGUGGAGGGGGAUUUAUGAUCCCUUACCUGCUGAUGUUGUUUCUGGAGGGAAUACCUCUGUUCUGUAUGGAGCUCGCCAUCGGGCAGAAGAUGCGUCUGGGCAGCAUCGGGGCGUGGACCGCCAUAAGCCCGUAUUUGGGCGGAUUAGGUAUUGCCAGUGUCGUGACAUCAAUGUACUUGUGUCUUUACUACAAUGUUAUAAAUGCCUGGAGUUUCUGGUACCUCUUCCAUUCCUUUCAGUCAGUGUUACCCUGGGCGGAGUGUCCAGUCAACAGCAAUCGGAGCGGGUAUCUGGAAGAAUGUGAGGUGGCUUCACCGACACAGUAUUUCUUCUACCGUGAGACCCUGAACAUCUCGUCUUCUAUAGAUGAGAACGGCAGCGUUCAUUUGGGUCAGGCACUUUGCCUUGUGCUCGCCUGGAUCAUCGUGUACCUGUCCAUCGUCAGAGGGGUCAAGUCGACAGGAGUGGUCGUAUAUUUUACUGCAACAUUUCCGUAUGUGGUUCUGAUCAUUUAUCUGAUUCGUGGAGUCACUCUACAUGGUGCCUGGAAUGGAGUCAAGUACAUGUUUACACCCAAGCUGGAGCAGUUGGCAAACCCUCAGACGUGGAUCAAUGCCGCCACACAGAUCUUCUUCUCUCUGGGUCUGGGCUUCGGCACUCUCAUCGCUUUUGCCAGUUACAACCAUUACAACAAUAACUUUGAGCGGCAGGCCAUCACCGUGUCCCUCAUCAACAGCGGCACAUCAGUGUUCGCCAGCAUCGUGACUUUUGCCAUCUACGGCUUUAAAGCCACGUUCAACUAUGAAAGCUGUUUGGAAAGGAUGAAACUGUUGCUGCUCAACACAUUUGAUUUAUCUGAGGACGUCAUCAGUGUUGAUAAUAUCACGGCUUGGAUCUCUCAUCUGAAUUACACAAAUCCAGAGACGUUCUCAGCUAUCGCUUCAAAGAUAGAAGACUGCAGCCUGGAGGCAGAAUUAGACACGGCUGUUGAGGGCACCGGACUGGCGUUUAUCGUGUACAGUGAGGCCAUUAAGAACAUGCCUCUGUCUCAGUUGUGGUCUGUGCUGUACUUCAUCAUGUUACUGCUGUUAGGGAUGGGAAGCAUGCUGGGGAACGUCACGGCCAUCAUCACGCCACUAGGCGACCUCAAGAUUCUGUCACGAACGUUCAGCAAUGAGACCAUCAACGGUCUGGUGUGUCUGCUCUGUUUGCUUCUGGGUUUUGGCUUCACAACCAGCUCAGGAAACUACUGGUUCACCAUCUUUAAUGAAUACGGAGCCACAUUUUCUCUGCUCUUCAUAGUGUUCUUUGAAGUGUUCAGUGUGUGCUACAUCUAUGGACUGAAAAGGUUUGAGAAGGACAUUGAGGACAUGUUGGGCCAUCGGCCAAACUGGUACUGGAAAAUCAUGUGGGCCGCAGUCAGCCCAGUCCUUCUCAUCAGCCUCUUCAUCUUCUACAUCAUUAACUACAUCCAGGGCGGAACACCAAACUACCAGGCCUGGGACAAACAUCUGGGUAAAUCUGUGCUGAAGGAGUAUCCGGCGUACGGUCAGGCGUUUAUCGCUCUGCUGCUGCUGUCGUCUGUAAGUUGUGUCCCGCUAAUGGCUCUUUAUGCCUUCUGUAAGAGGAAACGGCGAGGAACGGUGAUCCGAGAACACGUCGUCAGAACGGUGUCAUCUGCCAUUUAAGGACAGACUCUGGAAAACUGUUGGAAAAUAGACAGCUACUAAACCUUGUUUGGGACAACACUGGCCAUGCUGUCUCACAGACCACAAUAUUAUUCAAGCGUUUAGCAUUCAGUAAGUCCGCUUUAUAUAGUUUCUGUCACAGUUAAAGCAAAUAGUCUGAUGAUGAAGAUGCGUUUUGAAUGGUGUGUCUGGAUCAAGGGCGUAGCCAGGAAAUUACUUUUGGGUGGGUCUCAGUAAAAAUGAAUGGGCCAAAUUUUCGCCCUAAUUCUUUUGGACAAAAUUUUCCUUAACACCAGAAAGGCAGCUCAUUCAAACAGUUAUUUCAAACUUUCAGAAAUCAGAAUUUAUGCAUGUUUAAAACAAUUUUAUACAUUUAUAUUUGAAGUCAAAGAAUAAUCUCUAAUAUGCUGGGUGGGCCUGGGUUUAAUUUGGGUGGGCCCCGGCCCACCAUUGGCUACGCCACUGGUCUGGAUACCAGCUCCACACUUGUAUUCAUGUUUCAGGGUGGUUGUAAGAUACAAGUAGUACAGCAACUAAAUAGUGUAUUAUUUAUUAGGAAGGAGUGUGAUGGUACUUUACCAAGUGAUUAGACUUAUUUACACCUGUUGGAUGAUAAAACAGGUGGAAAAAAGCCUGUAGACUUACACUGUAGGUGGGACCCAAGUAAAUGAAAUACUGUACAUUAUAUUGCUGUCAAAUCACAAUGUUUUGUAUGUAGAAGUUUAAAAUGAACAGUGAAUGUUGUCUUGUGAUAGUAAGGGCUACAAUUAUUCUAGAAGCAUUUUAUGAUUGAUCGUUAGCCAAAAUCAUGAAACGCAUGGAAAACAUUCAGUAUGUGUACUAUCAUUGAUGUAGGCUGCUUUAAAUUUCUCAAGGCUUCAAUCUGCCCUGGAUAUUUUGUGUUCUUUACUUGUAUGAAGGACUUCGGAUGACUGUAGGAUAUUACUGUGGAUAAUAUUUAGGAUGAUAAGUAUAUUCUGUAAAUUCUGAAUACUCAAUCAUGUAUGCAACUGCAUUUCUUGAUGUGCCCAACUAAACGUAUUUGGAUUACCUGUAUCCCCUCACUGGGGGACAAUUGAAGCCCUUUUUUGUUUGGUCUUGGCAGGCAUCUUGUUUAAAAGUCAUUGUUCUAGAUACACCUGUCAAUUUCAUGUAUAUUUAAGCAGUCAACAGUUAAUAAAGCUAAGAGUGCACUAUCCCUUUAAGAGGCAAACAAUAGAGUAUGUA